AUGGCUGGGCCAUCCACCAUGUUGAGCGCAUCAGCAAACCCCCAGAACGCCAGAUCCUACUCGUCGCAACAGCCCGGAACCUCGCAGACGUCCCGAGUGAGCUUCGAUCGCGAUGGCUUACAACCCCCGGGUCCCGCCCAGCCUCAGAAUGGCGGUCGGAACCUCGCCGCGUCCGCCGUGAGCUUUGCCCCGCGCGGUACCGCUCUCAACCCGUCGCCCAUGCCAGGCAGCUUCAGUUCGGACCUGCGAAGCCAGCUGAACCUCUCCCGUGCUGGGUCUCGCCCCGACAUGUAUUCCCUCGAGAAGCUGGACGAAUAUGUGGACGACACGCAUGACCAACCCCUGACGCAGUUACGGGAGGAGUUGAAGCGUGAGAUGAAGAUCAAGGAGGGAAGCGAGAACAUGUUGGAGGCUCUGAAUACCAAAAAGCCAAAGCAGGCCAAGGAACAGCGAGCGAGGAUCGAGGCCGAGCUGAACUCGUCCACCCAGAAGAUCAAGGAGUUGCGUCGCAAAAUCACGGCUGCCCAGACCACCAAAGCAACACCAACGACACCCGUCAGAUCCAGAACCACUGCCUUUCUUCAGGACUCGAAUGGUAUGCGCUCCCCGCCAAGUGCUUCAAGGAGCGGCGCCGGUUCUGAUUUUGACGAGCCGACCGAGUCACCCACGUAUGCCCUUACCGAGCUCCUACAGGCCCUCGAGGUCGAUGGCAUGACCCCGGACUACUAUGUUUCCAGGGCAAACAGCUUGGUUGAUCUUUUCAAGCGUCAUCCGACUCUUAAAUAUGACUUGGUGUGGUCCAUUUUUGGCCUUCGCAUGCAGGUCAUGCUGAUGAGCGAAAGUCGCGAAGUCGUUGCCGCAGGCUACAGGAUGAUACGAUACGCCACCUCUGAUAUAGCGUCCCUCAGGAGAAUCCGUGCCCUAAAUACGGAUUACCUGGUUACAUGGUCCUUGAUCAAAGACCGUAAAUCGGACGUCGAGCGUGAGCAGGCUCUCAAGUUUGUUCGCGCCUUUCUCGAUGUUAAAGACGGCGUUAAGGAGAUCUCGAGAGCAGUCGUCCGAACCAUCGCCGCGAUAGCUGAGGAGCCUGAGGAGCGGCUACGGUCAAUCUGUAUAGAGACCUUGGCCGAGGUUCUGAUCCGCGAUCCUGCCCUGCUCAUAUCUGCUGGAGGACUGGCGCCACUGCGCGACGCCUUGGCUGAUGGAUCAUACAAAGCCUCGGAGAGUUUGACAAGUGCUUUCCUUUACCUCUUGGAUGCGCCACAACGACGCAAAUACCUUUGCGCCGGAAACGAGUUGGAAAUCCUAUUCACCGCGUUCACCGACGAUCUCUCGACCAACGAGCGCAUUCUCAAGCAGAACUCUAGGGCCGUGGCGUCGGCACUCAAGACAUGGUCUGGGCUGAUGACUUUGUCCAUGUACAACUUCCGUGCCGUCAAGUCCAUGAUCCACAGCAUGGUCGUGAACACCGGACCAAUACGAGAGACCAUCCUCGAUCUCCUCUACUCGUUGUUCCGUAUUAAGUCCCCGGCGUGGGCUACCUCUUUUCUGGCCGGUAGGCGACUCACCACUUAUGGCAGAGUUACGAAUCUCAGGUCUACGUCCACUAAAGUAUCACAUGGCGACUUUGAUGAUGACGGUGGCGAGCAGAAUUUUGCCGAGCACUAUACAGCACUAUUGCUGGCCAUCUUCGUCAAGUCGGGCGUGGUACAAGGCCUCCUAAGGCUGACCCAAGACCUUGAAAAUUCGCCUGUCAAGAGGAAGGCAACUCUGCUCAUAGGAGAGGUUCUCAAGCUCGCAAGCCGCCUUCUCCCACCGUCUUUGAGUAGCGGUCUGCAGAUGCUGCCAGAACUGUUCAGCGCUGCCGCCAAUCUUAAAGACGACAACCAUUUCAUUGCUACCGGAGUAGUAUAUCAAAUAAGUAGCGUCAGCAAGACGCUCUACAGGUCAUCGCCAACAACAUACACCCCUUCGGUGACACCAUCGAGCAACUCCCUGGAUUUGGGGAUACUUGAUGACCAUCCCAAAAGCAACACAGCUAUCACAUUUGAUGAUGCAACAUUCCGACAACUACUCGUUGAUUCACACGUCCUAAGCAGCUCCAACUAUGCCAAAUGGAACUGGGACAUAAUACUGAGAGUAAUCGAAGGGCCCCUGACAAGCGGAAAGAGGCUUGAAGAGGCCAUAAAAGCGUCCAAGUUCAUAAAGCGUAUCGUGAGCUUUUAUCGGCCGUUCAAAUACCGGUUCUCGGAGGUCAAGAGCACCAGAAACACGCAAAAAUAUGUCAGAGUGGGAUGCUCUCUCAUGCAUACAUUAUUACAAAGCCCCGAAGGCUGCAAAUAUCUCUCGGACAACAAACUCCUCAGGCAGAUUGCCGAAUGUCUGGCACAAUGUGACCCAACAAGCGGGUUGACAGCGCAAUAUCCAAUGUUCGCUCGGGAUCGUCUCACGGAUACCCUGUGCGGAGGUUACUUCCCCAUGCUCGGCAUCCUUACCGGGGACCAGAAAGGCAUUCAGAUGCUCGAUAGGUGGCGUAUCUUCAACAUGAUGUAUCGCAUUGUUGACCUAAAGCAACGUCCCGAUAUCAUCAAGCUGAUGCUUGCAAACUUCGACUACUCUCUACACGGACACCCGCGAGUGCUUCUUUCCAAGGCCCUAACGGCCGGGACGAAGGAUAUCCGGAUCGACGCCACAAAUGCCUUGCGCAAGUAUGCCACGCGACCAAGGAUAUCAACGCAGGGCCAGGAACCAAGUGACUCCAAAUGGGCCAUCCAGCUCCUGGUAACGCAGCUGUACGACCCAGAAAUUGAAGUCUGUGCCACGGCUGUGAAGAUUCUCGAGAAGGCCUGUAACACCAAGAACAACCUCGAGUAUAUCGUCGAGUGUCGACCAGCGUUAGAUCAUCUAGGAGAGAUAGGAGCUCCCCUUCUAUUGCGCUUUCUGUCGACCUCGAUUGGCUACCACUAUCUCGACGGCCUAGACUACAUCAGCAACGAAAUGGAUGACUGGUUCCUUGGCCGCAAUGAUUCAUACGUCAGCGUCAUCGAAGCCAGUCUUGCCCGUUCCUUCCUAGAGCACCAAGACGACCACACUAACCGCAUCAGUGUCUUUGAUGACGAGCAAGAAAUUGAGGCGGACAGUCACGUUCCUCCGCAUUUCUACCGCGAGCUCACUCGGACACAAGAAGGCUGCAAGCUUCUGAGAGAAAAGGGACACUUUGACGAGUUCGCGGCCACGAUUCGCGAGUACGGCAUGCAGUCAGAUGAUCCAGAGAUGAUUGUCAAGGUCAAGGGCUGUCUAUGGGCGGUGGGCAAUGUCGGUUCCAUGGAGCUCGGUGCGCCAUUCCUCGAGUCUUGCGACGUCGUAGAACAGAUUGUCAACAUUGCCCAGAACCACGAGGUGAUGAGUCUUCGUGGCACGGCCUUUUUCGUCCUCGGUCUCAUAUCCCGUUCCGUCCACGGCCUAGAGAUCCUCCUCGAGAACGGCUGGGACGCCAACACCAACGUUCUCGGUAACUCACUAGGCUUCUGCAUCCCCUCCGACCUCUCCAAACUCUUCUCACUCAAACCCUGGCAAUACGUUCCCGUAACGGCCAUUCAGCUACCCGACAGCCAAAAGACGGAAACCACCAAGCUUCCCGCCAUCCCCUCCCGCCCGCGCUCACAGAGCUUAAUCAACGCUAUCAAGGAAGAAGAAGAGGAGAAGCAAAAGGCGGCGGCAGCAGCGACGCAAAUCAGCUCCAAGCCCGACAACAGCACCGCCACCCAGUCAGCGGGCAACGCACCGCCGGCCGAAGAUUCGGCCCCGAGGAACGAACUCGAUCCGGACCCGACGAAUCAGCGCAUCCUCGAGCUCAUCAUCGACCUGGCCAACAUGGUCCUCUACCGCCGCUCGCGCGCCGAGCUCCUGCAGAUCAAAGCCACCAAGAAGGCUGCCGGGUUCAAGCAGCCGCAGCUCUUCAGGAAGGUCAUGGGCCUGCUCGAGUGCCACCACUACCGCCUGCAAGACCGGAGCAUGAUUGUCGGGUUGUUCGACAAGUCGGUUUUGCGAGCGGUGAUCUUUGAUGAGGGCCAGACAACAAGCGGGGAGAGUGAGAUGGAUAUGGACAUGGAAGAGGAUGAGGACGGCGACGAAGACGAGGAUGAUGAUGGUGAUACGACCAUGUCGGCCACGGGGAUGGAUUCCGUGAGGGAGGAGGACGAAGAAGAUGAGGUCCAGGCCCGAGAUGGGCGGCGGCAACAAGAGGGUCCUGAUGACAACGGGAUGGGGAUGAGUGAAGACGAGGAGCAAGAAGAGGAGGAGGAGGAGGAGGAUAAAUCAUCACCUCCUGCUCUUAAAGAACGAGAUCUUCACCGUCGCGGUGGUCAGCACGGUCACCUCCACCAUGGCGGGCUGGAAGAAGCGAGGAGGAGGUAUGCCAUGAAUCCGCCACCUCGUGGUGUCGGCGUACAACAGGUUGGCGGAAUCAGCGGUAGUCCCGUCGGCGGCAGCGGCGGCGGCGGCGGUGUUGGAAGCUUUGGGAGCUCGGUGGGUGGCUCGGGCUCGGGCUCAGGCUCGGUGGAUGAGCAACAAAGGACAGAACGACAAAGGAGUAUAAGUGAUCCGGCGGAUUUGGAGAGGCAUUCCAUGAUCAGAGGGCCGUUUAGGUAG